ACUUGCUCCCCAGCUCUUGUAGGCUACAGCCUGGAUUUAUUUAACAAUUUAAGAUCAUGUUUGGACACUUCACUCGACAAGGAUUCAACAACACGCCCGGAGCAAAUAGUUCCGCCUGCGAUAUCAAUCUGAACUUUACGCACGGGUUUCUGCCACCUGCCUUUAUUGUCGUUUUUGUGGUCGGCACGCUUGCCAACAUCUGGGGCUUGAGAAGCGUGUGCAGCGGUUGGAACAGCAAGGGAAACAUCAACAUCUUCAUGCUCAAUCUGGGGCUGGCGGACCUGUUGUAUUUGUUCACCCUUCCUUUCCUCGUGGCAUACUAUGCGCAAAACAGCUACUGGCAGUUCGGUCAGCCUUUCUGCAAGCUGACUCGCUUCUGUUUCAACCUCAACCUGUAUGGCAGCAUUGGGUUCCUGACUUGCAUCAGCAUCUACAGAUACUUGGGAAUCGUACACCCAAUGAGAGUGAUGGGGAGAAUCACCAGUCAUCACUCUCUUGUCAUCAGCGCCCUGGUUUGGGCUUUGGUCAUUCUUCAGAUCACCCCGGACAUGUUCUUUGACAAAAAUGAUGCCAAAAAUCCAAAUGCCUGCUAUGAUACGACCGCUGAUGAAUGGAUCCGAGAAUAUCUGCCUUACAGUGUUGGAUGGACAGUCAUUGGAUUUGCCAUCCCAUUAGUUGUUAUCGUACUGUGUUAUAGCCACAUCCUUUGGGUUGUUGCAAAAAACUCCAACGUUAACCCUCUGCUAAAGCAGCGCUCCCUAAGACUCGUGGUCAUUUUGAUAUUAUUGUUCGCCAUCUGUUUCAUCCCUUACCACAUGCUCCGAAAUGUUAAUCUCAAAACCAGAAUUUUGAAACAAAAAGGCAUCUGCCGCGACAGCUUCCGCAAUGUAUAUAUUGCGCACCAAAUCAGUAGAUUCCUCGCCUGUCUGAACAGUGCUAUAAAUCCUCUGAUAUACAUUGUUGGAAAUGAGGAUUUCCUGUUAAAGCUUCAACGUCUAAGUGAGCGGGCUAGGAUGUCUUUGGCCAACCUGACGCAUAUGGUCAUGUAUCGCAAAACAUCUAAUAUGGACACGGAUUCGGCGACAUGUUCGUGAGAUGGCAAGCUUUGCUUUGCAUUUAAAUCUCACCACUGUAUGGAUCGAAGAUUCCUUGAAAGAUUAUUUUGAUAGAUCUAAGUGUCUGUAUGUACCCUCUCAAUUAAUUUUAAUUGGAUAUUAGCUGUAAUGUCUUCAAGGAAGAUAUUGAGGGAGUUAGAAAAAGAACUGUUCCUCAUCAACAUAUAUUAACUCGGCAGUCAAUCAGUAUUCAAGCAAGCGGGUUAAAGUGUAUUGAUGUUUACUGUAAGCAGCACCUUUCUUUGAUUAAUGGUUUACUUUCAACAGAUUUGUUGUUUUUUUUUUGCUCUGUCCUGUACAUUGUGUGUUUGUGCUACUAUUUGAAUUCCCGAUAAAAGAUGUCACAAAAUGUCCUCACUAAUAAAUGCACUUGUAAUUUAUUUAUUUGUAAAU